AUCCUGGGGGAAGAAACACCCCAAUCCCAGGGCGCAAAGGGAAAAGAUCACAGUAGAGAUUCCUGGGGGUGGGAGGAGCAAUCAUGAGGCACUGAGGGAGACCCCUGAGACUGGGUGAUGUGAUGAAGUGCCCCGAGAACAUGAUAGGUAAGGGUCUCACGGCGGGAGGAAGGUCUCCUACACCAGAAGAGGGGAGUCCCAGGGCUGAGUCACAGGACGAUGGGGAAUCCCAGAGGAGGAAUGGUGAUGACACAGGAGCCGGUGGCCCCAGGUGCCCAAGCCAAAAGGGCGGGAUGAGGCCCCCAGGCCCUUCCUCUCUGGACUUGGUUCCCUAUAAUAGCAUCCUGUCAGGGUCUUAGAUCACACCCGCAGCCCCACAUCUCCUUGCCUGACUGCUGGAUCCUUCGGUCUCUCCGAAUCCGCCGCCACCAUAGAGACGACGCACCCACGCAGGCUAUUGGGAGGAGCGAACGGUCGGAACGUGCUGAGCGCGGCGCGGUUGCCGGGGAAACUGUGGGCGGGGCGAGCAAUCCAACGCGCUCCGUGGUCUCCGAGGCGACCGUUAGGCGGCGGCAGCGUCCGCAGCAGAGACGCGUCAAGGAAUCAGCCGGGACACCCGGGUUGGAGCGAUUGCCGGGGCGAUGGCGCAUGAUGGCUCGAGGCAGGAAAGACAGGAGAGGCAGGCCCGAGACCGAGGGAUGACCCGAUCCAAGGCUGAGAAGGCGCGACCGCCCACCGUGACGGUGCCACAGGUGGAGAUCGUGCCUGGGCGGCUUAAUGAGGCCGAGUGGAUCGCGUUAACCGCUAUCGAGGAGGGCGAGGACAUAGUGGGGGACAUCCUGGCGGAUCUGCUGGCUCGAGUCAUGGAUUCCGCCUUCCAAGUCUACCUGACCCAGCAGUGCAUUCCAUUUACCAUCAGUCAGGCCCGGGAGGCCAUGCUGCAGAUCAUUGAGUGGCGCUUCCUGGCUCGGGACGAGGGAGAAUCAGCAGUGGCUGAGGACCCCACAUGGGGCGAGGAUGAAGAGCCCCUGGCGUGCACGACCGAUGCUUGGGCUCAGGGCUCUGUACCCGUGCUGCACACACCUGCCUCGGAGGUUCUGGAGGAGAAUUGCCAAGUUGAAGACCUGGAGAACCUGGACCGGAUCCCUUUAAGAAGAUCGGGGCCGGGAAGAGCCUCCCAAGAACUGACGGAAUCUCGGGAGCGUUCUCUGAGUGUCACCUUGGGUCCCCAGCCCAAUCCGGAGCUGUUUCUGGAGGCAGAGCUCGGGGAUACUCUGGAGGAACCUGAUCGUGGGGCAAGAAGCCACUCUUCCUUGGUUGGGUUCUUGAAUGGGAGUGUACAACCGUCAUUGGAAGUGGAACUUGCAGAGAGUCCUCGUCCUUUCCCGGAGCUGUCCCGGGUAGCCCUUCCCCGGGCCUCUGUGGAGAGCCAGAGCCCACAGCACCUCAGGGGCCCCCUGUCGCUGGAGGACUUCUACUCUUGCGUUCCCCAACCAGACGCGGCUGGGGACCAGUUGAAGCGCAAGACCCAGGCGAUGUCCCCCAAUGCCUCAGGCAUGUUAGUACCCUUCUCCUCCAAGGGCGACACCAGUGCUCUCAGUGCAACAGUGUCCUCCCAGUCGCAGCAGCCUGUGUACUUGGAUUCGCGGCGUGGCACGCUUCAGUCCAGGGUGGAUCGCAAGGCAGCCGAGGUGCGCUUGGACCCUGCGCGGCUUCCCCGCCACUGGGUGCGCCCCCUGGCUGAGGUCUUGGUUCCAGACUCCAAGGUUCACCCCUUGGAAGCCUACCGUAAGCGCCAGCAGGGAAAGAUCCAGGCCCAGGUUGGACUCCAAACCCCUGGCCCCCAAGUCCCUGCAUCCCUGGCUGCGUUCUUCCCUCUACAACCUGACAUUCCUUUCCGUGCUGUGGGCCCAGAACCCAGACUCCAAUUACCCACUUUAAACUUAGGCCCACCAUCACUAUCCUUUGGGUCGAAGCUACCUUUCCCAAGCCCUGGGAUUCAUUUCCUUGGCACACACCCGGCAGUUGUUGAAGCUGCUCACAGGUCCAGCCCCAGUGUGUGGCCCAGAGCCAAGUGGCCCAGUGGCUGGGAGAGGGAGGCUGAGCUGCUGAGCAACCUGUGGGCUGGCCGCACCCGUGUGCCCCCACAGGGCCUGGGGCUUGCUGAAAAGGAUGGCCAGGCUUCUGGAUGGCCCCAAACAAUGCCUCAGGUCCUUGAGGCCACAUCCCAGGUAUUCUGGAGGCCAGUGUUGGUGCCAGAAGCAGUGAAGUUGGCUCCUGGUGUGAGCAUGUGGAACCGUAGCACCCAGGUGCUGCUUAAGUCUGCUGUGUCCCAAGAGGAAGACAAAGAAGAAGGAGGCACCUCUCCUGCAGCUGAGCAGCGCCCCAUCCAGAAAGGUGUGUCCAAACCUCAUGUGACAGCAGAACAGCUAACAAAGAGUGCAACUCCCAAAGUGUGGCUGCUCCCCUCAAAGCCCAUGCCCCAUUCCGGUUCUUGAACCUCUGGCAGUGGGAAUUUCACCUACCCUGUGCCUGCCUGUCAGAAAUAAAACACCUGAAUUGCUCUAGGAA